AUGACACUGAGGCUUGAGGGCGUCUAUUCGUUGGGUUUCCAUGUGACUGCUCGCGGUAGAAGUGUGGCUAGAAUCGAAUUCAGUGACUCAUGGUGGUCUUCGCUCGUAAUUGGAACGAAAGGAAGCCAGGGGAGGAACUCGCACCGGGAGCUUCUUGUUUUUGAGCAUAAUCAGAGGAAGAUGAAGAGGCUUCUUGUCGCGGUGGUGCCGAUGGUGAGGUCGCAUUCGAAGUUGGGUGGUAGUUGCAGAUGCGUUGAGGGGGUUGUAGCGUGCUGGUCGCGAUUCAUUCUUCUUCUUCUUUUUUUCUUUUGCUGCCUGUACAAUAGUAUAAAUAAAUAA